AUGCAGAGCGGGGUACAAGGGCCAGCAGGCCAUAUUCCUCCUUGCAGUGUGGCUGUCUAUGAACCCGUGAGAGAGGCCAGGCUGUGCGGAAAGACCACAAGCUCCCCGAAGACAGACAGUGGCAGAGGCACAUCACUCUCUGCUACCCCUUUGACCCUUACCACGCCCAGCACAACCACAGCCUCCAGGUCAACGGUGACCCCGAUCCCCAUUUUACCAGAGCAGGGCAUUCCCCUCUUCCCCUACGGGACAAGCCCUGAAGUUGGAGACCACCAGUUGUUUGCCAGGACUGUGGAUUUUACCUCACCCCUCUUCAAGAUCCAGAUUGGCUUCCCACUUGGCUCCUCUCUUCGGGAUUCCUUCUACUUCACAGAUAACGGCCAGAUCAUUUUCCCAGAGUCAGACUACAGCAUCUUCUCCUACCCCAACCCACCUCAAAGAGGCUUCACAGGAAGGGAAGGUGUGGCCAUGGUGGCCCCAUUCUGGGAUGAUGCUGACUUCUCUAGCUCCAGGGGAACCAUAUUCUACCAGGAAUACAACACACUUCAUGAUGAAAACAACGGGCUCAUCCGGAAGGUGGAGACUUUGAUUCGUGAGUUCACAAGUGAUUGGAGCUACAAAGCCAAGUGGACCUUGAAAGUCACCUGGUUCAACGUUCCUGCCUAUCCUGCCCAGUGGAACUAUGGGACCAACACCUACCAAGCCAUCCUCUCCACAGAUGGAAGCAGUUCCUAUGCCCUGUUUCUCUACCAGAGUGGUGGGAUGCGCUGGGAUGUGGCCCAGGGUCUGAGCAACAGAGUCGUCAUGGGCUUCUCCAGUGGAGAUGGGUAUUUUGAAAACAGCCCGCUGACAUUCCGGCCAGCAAUGGAGAAGUACCGUCCAGAUCGAUUCCUGAAUUCCAAAUUAGGCAUCCGGGGGCUGCAGGUCUACAGACUACACAAGGAGGUGAGGCCCAACUACCGGCUCAAGUGCCUGUGGUGGCUGGACAGCCAGCCUCAGUGGUCAGGCUGGAGCUGGGGCCGGAGCCAGCUUUCCUGCCCUUGCUCCUGGCAGCAGGGACGACGGGACUUGCGAUUCUGGCGCAUGAACACAGGCUGGCGGUACGGCAGUGACAGGCAACUGUGCAGCUUCUCCUCUGGGCAAGGGGGCGUGUGCUGCAGCUAUGGCCGCUGGGGAGAGUUUCGGGAAGGCUGGAGAAUGCACAGUCCUUGGCAGUUUGAGCAGGAGCGGGAGGCACAGAAGUGGUGCUGCCAAUGGAACGACAAGCCCGCCUUCUGUGCCCUGUACCGUCGCGUACGGCCCCGCCUUAGCUGUGCUGCGUACAGACCCCCGCGACCCGCUUGGACAUUUGGUGAUCCCCACAUCACCACUUUGGAUAAUGUCACUUACACCUUCAAUGGGCUAGGGGACUUUCUGCUGGUCCAGGCCCAGGACACAAAUUCCUCCUUCCGGCUGGAGGGCCGCACUGCCCAGACAGGCUCUGCUAAGGCCACUAACUUCAUUGCCUUUGCGGCUCAGUACAACACCAGCAGCCUGGCUUCCCCAAUCACAGUUCAGUGGUUCCUAGAACCCAAUGACACAGUUCGAGUUCUACACAAUAACCAGACCGUGACCUUUAACACCAGCUACACGGAUGAAGACUUGCCAAUGUUCAAUACCACUGGCGUCCUCCUGACCCAAAGUGGCUCCCAGGUUUCAGCCAGCUUUGACGGAACAGUGACCAUCUCCGUGAUUGCUCUCUCCAACAUCCUCCAUGCUUCCUCCAGCCUCCCAGAGGAGUACCGCAACCACACGCAGGGACUCCUGGGCGUCUGGAAUGACAAUCUGGAAGAUGACUUCAGGAUGCCCAAUGGCUCCACCAUCCCUGCCCACAGCUCUGAGGAGACCAUUUUUCACUACGGAAUGACAUGGCAAAUCAAUGGGACAGGCCUGCUUGGGGUGAGAACAGACUCUCUGCCUUCCAACUUCACCCCCGUCUUCUUGUCCCAACUGUUGAACACCUCAAAUGAAGACGUGACCUCUGGGUGCCACGGAGACCCACAGUGCAAGUUUGACGCCCUGGCCACAGGAAACGCAGCCAUCGGACAAAAUACCAACAUGAUAUUUGAAGCAUUCCAGCACGUGAAUGGCACCCUCAAUCAGUACCCGCCCUCUAUUCACUGCCCCCGCGAGAUUCAAGCCUACAAGGAGCGGACGAAGAUCAUUAAGAUCACCAGCGACUCUAAGGAUGUCACAUUCAGCCUCACCAAUGAGUGUAGUGGCUUUAAACUCUCUGAUAAUGGGAGUUUGCUGUGGACGCCAGCACUUCCAGAAGCAUGUACCCUGGAGAUUCUAGCAAGGGAUGCUAGGACUCACUUGUCGUCCAUAUUCCAGCCCAAGACUGUGGCUUGCUUCUGCAAUAUGGAGAGCCAGUGUUUGUACAAUGAGACCAGCAGGGAGGGCAAUUCUUCCCUUGAGGUGACCAACUGUAAGUGCGACGAGGGCUCCUUUGGCCGCUUCUGUGAACGCUCCAAGAACCUCUGUGAGGUUCCAUGCUUCCCAAAGGUGGCCUGCAUUCCUGGGAAGGGCUGUGAGGCCUGCCCUCCGAACAUGACUGGAGAUGGGCGGCAUUGUGCAGCUCUCGAAGACUCUUUAGUCUGCCAGAACCAUUUCUGCCCUACGGAUUACUGCUAUAACCACGGCCACUGCUACAUCUCUGAGGCUCCAGGCUGCCAGCCCACUUGCACCUGCCCCCCAGCCUUCAUUGAUUCCCGCUGCUUCCUGGCUGGGAACGACUUCACUCCCACCAUCUCUAAAGAGCUUCCCUUGAGGACCAUUGUGCUCUCGCUCAGGGAAAAUGAAAAUGCCUCCCAGGCUGACGUCAAUGCCUCGGUGGCAUACAGGCUAGGGACCCUGGACGUGCGGGCUUUUCUCUGGAACAGCCAAGUGGAGCUGACACGGAUCUCUCCCUCAGCACAGCCCUCUGACAAGUCCAUUCAACACUGGCGGGUCGUCUCCCACUUCCAGUACCGUCCCAGGGGGCCUGUCAUCGAUUUCCUGAACAACCAGCUGAUAGACGCUGUGGUGGAGGUCUUCCUCCUCCAGCCUCGGAGUGGGCGGUCAAAGAGGAGCAACGGUGAAGCCAGGAGGAACGUCACCUUCUUCCCCAUCUCCAGGGCAGACAUCCACGAUGUGACGGCCCUGAACCUGAGUAUGCUGAGCUAUUACUUCCUGUGUGACGGCUACGAGGGCUACGAACUGGUCUACAGCCCCCAGAACGGUGUCACCUGUGUGUCCCCAUGUAGUAAGGGCUACUGUCACAAUGGAGGCCAAUGCCAGCACCUACCAAAUGGGCCUCAAUGCAGCUGUGCGUCCUUCACCAUCUAUACAUCCUGGGGCGAACACUGUGAGCACCUAAGUGUGAAACUUGGAGCCUUCUUCGGGAUCCUCUUCGGAGCCUUGGGAGCCCUCCUGCUGCUGGGGAUCUUGGCAUUUGCAGCCUUUCACUUCUGUGGCUCCUCCAUGUACAAGUUCUCCUACCCUUUGGCCUCAGAAUUGUGAAGCCUGGCUCCAGAUGAUACCUCAGGACCCACCCGUCGCUCCUCCUCUGAUCUAGGGAGACUGGAAAGAGGCUACUGAACAAAGAGGACUUGCAAUUCUUCAAGAAUGAAUAAAGAAAUGAAGUCAGAAUAUAUAUACCCUGGCAGUAGACCAGAGGCGCAGGAAAAGGCCAUGAUGACCAAAUACAGCGAUGGGUGGGUUUUCACAAAGACAUAUCUGAAAGAAGGACAUUGCCAUAUGUGAGUACAUACACAAACACACACACAUACACACAAACACACACACACAGAGUUAAUGGGUGAGUGGUUCUACAUUAACCAAAAUGUUUUUACAUAUAAA